GGCGGAGGAUGAGAACUUGACUGGAUCGAAGCGUAUGAAAUCUCGAAGGCUCGGAUGAAGCAGCGCCAAGUGUACUGCCUUCCUGAGUUCAGCUCUGGACGUGGCGAGACGAGGAGGCAUUGAGCGUGUGUACCGUGUUGCAGUAUUAUAAUUGCGUGCUUCUGAAGGUUUGAGUGGCGUACAGCAGACCACCACCACCACCAUCAUCACCAGACGUUCCAGUACAGCAGCCACCAUCACAGGACCCUCCACACUGCCUCCGUCACACCAUCUAAUCCUGUGCGUCCUCACCGCCGCAUAUCACAACAUUCUCUGGCAUCACUCUGCCACGAUGCCUCCUUCACGUAGGAGAGUCAGUCGAUCCUACUUGCCUCCUGUGGUGGGCGUGACCGAUGAGGGAGAAACACACACGGGGCAGGAGACUGAGGAACAGGCUUGUGAGUCCUGACUGAGUCCCUCCUGUGCUUCUCUUUUCCAUCGAGGGAGCAGCGAAGAAACUCAGGCGGGACAUUCCGCGCAAGAGCUGGGAACACUAUGGAAGGCAAUGUCCAGGAGCCGAUGAGGAACUUAGUCCGAGCGUCCCGCUUAAGAGCCAGGAACAGCAGGGAGGGCAGCGUCCAGGAGCCGCGGAGGAACCCAGUCAGGACGUGCCGCGUAAGAGCCAGGAACACCAUGGAUGGCAGCGUUCGCGUACUGCAGGAUGUCAGAUUAGUUCUGGAGCGUUUUCCGAGUCCACCACACCUACGCAGGUUGCGGGGAGCAGCACGCAGAGCCAGGUCCACGGAUCACGACAGUCGGCCGCGCACUUCAGACACACCGCAGGAAUUGCAUGGCUCCCCGCAGCCAUCCCGCGCCCAGCCGUCCAGCGUGCGAAGGGAAGGUGGUGGUGUGACGCAAAGUAACCCCCAGGAAGACGCGUCCAGCGGCACUCCUCCCAGGCUGACCCUGCAGCGAUCCCGCGCCUCACUCCGCGCUUCAUCCCGCAGUCGAGUGCAGGACCCGUCACGAGCACAGAUACAGGCUUCGUCACACACCCCAAACCUAGAGCCGCCACGCCCCUCGUCACACACACAGGAGCCGCCACGCCCCUCGUCACACACAGAGGAGCCGUCACGCCCCUCGUCACACACAGAGGAGCCGUCACGCAUUUCGUUAGACACAAAAGAACCAUCACCCGCCACCAAGGAGCCGUCACCCGCUUCUUCAGAAGUCCAAACUCAGGGGGGGUCAGGCAGCCCGCCACGCGCUGCCCGCCGCCAGCCUCGCCGUGACGCCACAAGAGAGCCACACGUGCGGUGCCUGGUGUGCCUGGACUCCCUGGGCUCCAUCAAGCUGUCGUCACGUGCUAUCUGCUCCACCGUGUGUGGCCACCUGUUCUGCUCUACCUGCAUCGAGACCGCCAUUGAGCUCAACAAAUGCUGCCCAUUGUGCAGACGAAGACUCAACAACAAGAAGUAUCACGCUCUCUUCCUGUAAAGGCGUCUGCCAUCCUUCCUGUGGGACGGCCAUUCAGGCAGACAGCAAUCUGCUUCCUUCGAGAGCAAAACUUUACGCCAGGUGCGAGGAGACGCGUCCUGCGGUCACUGUACAUGUCAAGUUGGCUUUGUUGCGUCGGCAGUGCAGUGCCUCCCACCUCGACGCGUCCCGUGCAACUGACUCGUGCCAAGUCCUGCACCGAGAACGUUUUGAUUGUUUUUCUUUUCUUUUCAUGUUCAUCCAUUCAAAUGUAUUACAGUGAUGGAUUUGUAUGAAAUAUCGUCACUUUCUGUUUUAUGAUUCAAAUGGGAGUAAAUUAAUAACAAACA